AUGGGAUUUGGGUUCAAAUCUGAUAAGGAAGAUGAUGAGGAAGAUAAUGAAAGUGUUCAUUCUCGAGAACAAUCUGUAGUAGAAGAAAUUAUAGAAGUUUUGGGUAGUAGUGCCACUGAUAUACAGCAGAUGCAAUUUAAAAGUGAUGAAAGUGAUGAUAAUUCUAUUAUAGAUAUUAAUGAUAUUUUAUUAGAAAAUCUUCCUUCACCUUUUGAAGAAUUAUCACUUUUAAGUAACUAUAACAGCAAUUCAGAAAAUUUUAUAUCUGAAGAUUCAAUAAUAAAUCAAGAUAUUUUAGAAGAAGUUGAAUCUGAAGUAAAUGUAAAUUACCCCAAUAAACAUGUAAAUCUUACUAAAUCUUCAUUAUCUAAAUCAAUUGAACAAGAAUGA